AAUUUAUUUUUGGCUGCAUCGGGUCUUCGUUGCAGUGAGCGGGCUUCUCACUGCGGUGGCUUCUCUUGUUGCAGAGCAUGGGCUCUAGGCACGUGGGCUUCAGUAGCUGUGGCUCGCGGGCUCUAGAGCGCAGGCUCAGUAGUUGUGGCCCGCGGGCUCUAGAGCGCAGGAUCAGUAGUUGUGGUGCACGGGCUUGGUUGCUCCGCGGCAUGUGGGAUCUUCCCAGACCAGGCCUCGAACCCGUGUCCCCUGCAUUGGCAGGCAGAUUCUUAACCACUGCGCCACCAGGGAAGUCCCCAAGAAAUACUUUUGGAUUGAAUAAAGGGGAAGACUUCAGAGAUGAUGGGACUUCGCCAGGUGGAGAAAAGAGAAAGGGCACUGGGAGUAGGAGGAGGAGCGUAAACAAAGGACUGGAGGCAUGAAAGUGCACAUGCUAUUCGGAGGACGUGUUCUGGUCUGGUGCCCUUGCCCCCCAGCCUGGCCGCUCCUGCAGCUGAAUGGACUUCUCUCUGGGCCUACGUUUGGGGCCUCGGAACAAGAAGGCCAGCCACCAACCGCCCCCUCCACCCUCUGGGCACGGCCCACCAGCUGCCUCCCCUUGUCUGUCCUGCCCCACCUCUGCCUGUGCCUGCCCCUGCCCUGGCUGUCCCCCUCCCACCUGCUCCUGCACUACCUAUCCCUAUUACGCAGCUCCCUGCCCCUCCUGUCCCGGUUUCCCUGGCCCACCCUGUACCUGCCCCUGCCCUCCCUGCCCUGCCUGUCCCCCCUUGACUUGUCCCCUCAGUUCCUGCAGCCCCUGCUCUGCUCCGCAUUUGACCUGCUGCCACCCCUCUCCCUGCCCCAUGUACCCUUGCUCCAGGGGUCAAGCCGCCUGUUCCAGCUCCUGCUUGGGCUGCAGUGACAGCUGUGGCUGUGGCCGGGGGGCUGCCCAGGGACCUCCAGGCUCCGCCGGCCGCUGCAGCUGCUGCUUCAGGGGACACCGCACCUCUCGACACUGUCUGAUAGUCUAGCUGGGCUGUUGCCCCUUGAGAGAUUGCCAGUCUUCCAGGGCACUUCUGCAGCUGCUUCCUCAGGGAGGAGGCAGAAGCUCUGGAAGACAGAGAAGGAUCAGCUGGACCCCUCACCCAGGCAGGGAGAGGAGGCUGGCUGCUCAGAUCCCCCAGCCUCCUCCUCAGUCCCGGGAGUGAGAGCAGGACAUCUGCUUUGAAGCUAGUUUCUGGGCAUGCUCUCACUGGUUCCAGAACCUCCUCUUCUGCAACUUCUGGAAUGGAAAGUGUUCUCAGAGCCUCUCCCACAGCCCCUGAAGCGUGGCCAAAUAGCUCUAAGUGGUGGAGAAAACUUAUUUACAGAAGAACUCCAGCUAAUGUAGAAGGAAUGUGGAAUUAGAAAAGUCACCAUUUUGCAACCCCUAAUGAAAUAAUUGAUCAAAGC